AUGGUCUCAGAUCCUGGGGUGUGCCCUUCUCUGGCAAAAGACAGAGCGCCUAGAUGUGCCCUCAAGUCAUUCUGCCGCAGGAUUCCGGUGUCUGCCCCCUUAGCGGGAGUGGGCCUGCUGAUAGCCUUUCUUAGCACGUUCGGCUGCCUUGUACGGGCCCCAGGUCUGAGCAUGAGUAUGGCAGAAGGGGACACCCUGAUAUCAGUGGAUUAUGAAGUUUUUGGGAAAGUGCAAGGUGUGUUUUUCCGCAAGUACACUCAGGCUGAGGGUAAAAAGCUUGGAUUAGUAGGCUGGGUCCAGAACACUGACCAGGGCACAGUGCAAGGACAAUUGCAAGGUCCCACCUCCAAAGUACGUCAUAUGCAGGAAUGGCUUCAGACAAGAGGAAGUCCCAAAUCACACAUUGACAGAGCAAGCUUCAACAAUGAGAAAGUCAUCUUAAAGUUGGAUUACUCAGAUUUCCAAAUUGUUAAAUAACGGUCUGAAUUUAAAUUUUCCAAGAUAC